UCUGCCACAGAUAACAAAAUCCUGAAAUCGUCAUCCUCUUCCCCUAUCUUCUCCAGUUCUUCUGCUCUAUACCCUCACACCACUCUCUUCUCUCUCACGGAUUCUCUAAUGGCAAUUUCUUCAGCUACAGCUUCUGCUUCCUCCAAGCUCAUAUUCCUUCAUCCCUCUCCCUCUCCUUCUUCCUCUUCCUCUCCCUCCCUCUCUCUAAACCCCCACAAACUCACAUCCCCCUCAUCCCAUCUCUCCUCUUCCUUCAUUAAUCCCUCCACAAUCCUCCACCUUUCUCCCUCCUACUCCUCAGCCACCACCCGCCACCGCUCCUUCACAAUCCGAGCUGCUCGUGGCAAGUUCGAGAGGAAGAAACCCCAUGUCAAUAUCGGCACCAUUGGCCAUGUCGACCACGGCAAGACCACUCUCACUGCUGCUCUCACCAUGGCCUUAGCGGCUUUGGGAAACAGUGCCCCGAAGAAGUACGACGAAAUUGACGCUGCCCCUGAAGAGCGAGCUCGUGGAAUCACCAUUAAUACUGCCACUGUCGAGUAUGAGACUGAGAAUCGCCAUUACGCCCACGUCGACUGUCCUGGCCACGCCGAUUAUGUCAAGAACAUGAUUACCGGUGCUGCGCAGAUGGACGGGGCUAUUCUUGUUGUUUCCGGCGCCGACGGUCCAAUGCCGCAGACUAAGGAGCAUAUACUUUUGGCUAAGCAAGUGGGUGUUCCAAAUAUGGUCGUGUUUCUAAAUAAGCAAGACCAGGUUGAUGACGAGGAGCUUUUGCAGCUUGUGGAAUUGGAGGUUCGUGAGCUUCUUUCUUCUUAUGAAUUCCCUGGUGAUGAUGUCCCCAUUAUUUCUGGUUCUGCUCUGCUCGCUUUGGAGGCUUUAAUGGCGAAUCCUACCAUUAAACGAGGAGAAAGCCAAUGGGUCGACAAAAUUUACGAACUCAUGGAUUCUGUGGAUAGCUACAUCCCAAUUCCCCAGCGUCAAACUGAUCUUCCUUUCUUGCUAGCCAUUGAAGAUGUGUUUUCAAUCACGGGUCGUGGGACUGUGGCCACAGGCCGAGUUGAGAGAGGUACAAUUAAGGUUGGAGAUACUGUGGAUAUUGUCGGUGUAAGGGAAACUAGAAGCACAACCGUGACUGGCGUAGAAAUGUUCCAGAAAAUUCUCGAUGAGGCCAUGGCUGGGGAUAACGUGGGGUUGUUGUUGAGAGGUAUCCAGAAGAUUGAUAUUCAGAGAGGGAUGGUUUUGGCUAAGCCAGGCACCAUUACUCCACACACCAAGUUCGAAGCAAUUGUUUAUGUCCUGAAGAAGGAAGAGGGAGGGAGGCACUCACCAUUCUUCGCUGGUUACAGGCCACAGUUCUACAUGAGGACUACUGAUGUGACUGGGAAAGUGACUGCCAUUAUGAAUGAUAAGGAUGAAGAAUCAAAGAUGGUUAUGCCUGGAGAUCGUGUUAAGAUGGUUGUUGAACUUAUUGUGCCUGUGGCUUGUGAACAAGGAAUGAGGUUUGCUAUUAGAGAAGGAGGGAAGACUGUUGGAGCUGGUGUGAUUCAAUCGAUCAUUGAGUGAGUGCAAGAGCAAGCAGGACUCUUCAAGUGGUGGAGAUCUCCCUAUUUACAGUUCUAUGCGAUUAAUUUUCCAUUUUACACGAACUGAUGCCAUAUCCAAUUUCUUAUAUUUUGUAGGUCUAUCCUUUUGCUUUGAGAUGUUUAGUCAAGCUGGAUAAUAUCUUUCGCAUGCUCUCUUCUACCUCCCCCCCCCCCCCCCCAAUUGUUUCGUCUGAUGAGUACUCGAGGUUACUUGAACUUCUGCUUGCAUGAGAAUAUCCGAUUUAUCUAA